AUGGCUCGGAUGGACGGCGUCGCAGCUGUCCGCCUGUCCCUCCUCGCAAUGUGGACCUUGCGCCGGCUCUCCAGGCCUUUGGGCGCCUUCCGCCGACUGGCGACGAGCCGCAAUGAAGGUUUCCUAUCGCGUUUAGAAGAGGAGCUCCAAAGCAUGCGCACAGCUGGUACUUUCAAGGUCGAACGCGUGCUGUCAUCUCCACAAAGUGGAGCUGUCACUGUGGUGGGUGGGUCAGAGCCAGUUCUGAACUUUUGCGCCAACAACUACUUGGGCCUCUCUAGUCACCCUGCUUUGAUCCAAGCAGCUCAAGCGACUUUGGCUUCACAUGGUUUUGGGCUGUCUUCAGUGCGCUUCAUUUGCGGAACGCAGGAUGUGCACAAGCAGCUUGAGGCAGCCAUCAGCACCUUCCACGGCACGGAAGACACGAUCCUUUUUCCUUCUUGUUUUGAUGCCAACGCUGGCCUUUUUGAGGCCUGCCUUGGACCAGAGGAUGCAGUCAUCUCUGAUGCGUUGAACCAUGCCUCUAUUAUUGAUGGCAUUCGAUUGUGCAAGGCACAGCGUCAUAGGUACAAUCAUAUGGACAUGGCUCAUUUGGAGGAAAUUCUCAGGGAGUGUGUUGCGAAAGGGACCCGCCAGCGCAUGAUUGUGACUGAUGGAGUCUUCUCCAUGGACGGAGACAUUGCUCCACUUCGUGAAAUUUGCGAUUUAGCGGACAAGUACGAGGCACAAGUCUUCGUAGAUGAGUGCCAUGCCACAGGUUUUUUGGGAGCCACAGGCAGAGGCACUCCAGAGCUUUGUGGAGUUUCAGGCCGCGUCGACAUCAUCAAUAGCACUCUGGGAAAGGCACUAGGUGGCGCCACUGGUGGUUACACCACUGGACCAAAGGCCCUAAUUGACUUGCUCAGAAACAAAGCAAGGCCAUACCUAUUUUCCAACACGCUUGCCCCUUCAGUUGCCGGGGCAUCCUUAGAGGUCUUCAAGAUGCUGUCAGACAGCGCAGGUUUGUUGAGCUCUUUGCAGGCAAAUGUGCAGCAUUUCCGCUCGUCAAUGAAGGCGGCGGGCUUCAAGCUCAGUGGCCAUGAGAGCUGCCCAAUCAUCCCAGUGAUGCUGGGAGAUGCCCGACUUGCCACUGAAAUGGCUGAUGAGAUGCUAAAACGUGGCAUAUACGUGAUUGGCUUCAGCUACCCCGUAGUGCCCAAAGGUGCAGCGCGCAUCCGGGUGCAAAUGAGUGCAGCUCACCAGCCUGAACAAGUCCAACGAUGCAUUGAUGCCUUUAUUGAAGUUGGCAAAGCCAAAGGCGUCAUUUGA